AUGGGACCAAUCUGUACACAAGUAACACCUGUUGAUGAACUCAUAGCAAAUGUUUUCACAAACCUUCCUGAAAACUAUCAAAAUCACAGGUGGCUGUGUGAAAGACCAAUAUUAGCUACAAAGAACAAUGUUGUCAAUGUCAUCAACACACAGCUGUUGCAGCAGAUACCUGGUAAUACUCAGUGCAACAAGUCAGUUGACUCAGUGCCUGAUCAAACCCAAAUGGUCAACUAUCCUCCAGACUUUCUGAAUUCAUUUGAACCUCCAGGAGUCUCACCAAAUUAUCUCAGUGUAAAAGUAGGAGCACAUAUCAUGGUACUCCGAAAUUUGGAUCCACCACGUCUGUGCAAUGGAACAAGACUGGUAGUAAAGAAGCUUAUGCCCAUGUUAUUGAAGCUACAAUGCUUUCUGGGUGUGGCAAGGGUGAAGAUGUUUCACUUGAGAAUUUCAAUGAUUCCCACUGAUAUGCCAUUUGAGUUUAAGAGACUACAGUUCCCAUUCGCUUAA